AUGGCUACGUCAUCUAUGUGCCUUGCUGCAAAUUCCAUGAGCAACGGUAAAGUGCGUCUGAACAAGGAGAUUUAUGGUAAAUUCGUGAAUUUGUCAUCUGGUAUUUCCUCUACUGGCGGUCGAUCAAGGCGUAUCACUGUAGCUGCAUCUUUGGGACAGAAGCAGAAUGAAGGAAGAAGAGGGUUUCUAAAACUACUUCUCGGAAAUGUUGGGCUAAGUUUGCCCACUCUAAUCGGUGCACAGAGUGCUUCUGCUGAUGAUCAAGGUGUAUCCUCAUCAAGAAUGUCAUACUCGAGAUUCCUAGAGUAUCUAGAUAAGGAUAGGGUACAAAAGGUUGAUCUAUUUGAAAAUGGAACAAUAGCAAUUGUAGAAGCUAUUUCCCCUGAAUUGGGUAAUCGAGUGCAGAAAGUCAGGGUGCAACUUCCAGGUCUCAGUCAGGAGCUUCUUCAAAAGUUCAGAGAGAAGAAUAUUGAUUUUGCUGCGCAUAAUGCCCAAGAGGAACCCGGCUCUCUAUUGUUCAACUUGAUUGGAAACUUAGCCUUCCCCUUAAUCCUAAUUGGUGGCCUAUUUCUCUUGUCACGGCGAUCAUCAGGAGGACUUGGUGGACCUGGGGGCUCCGGCUUCCCCUUUGGUAUUGGUCAGUCCAAGGCAAAGUUCCAAAUGGAACCCAAUACUGGAGUGACAUUCGAUGAUGUUGCCGGUGUAGAUGAAGCGAAGCAAGAUUUCAUGGAAGUAGUGGAGUUCCUGAAGAAACCUGAAAGGUUUACUGCUGUUGGUGCUCGCAUUCCUAAGGGCGUUCUUCUUAUUGGUCCUCCUGGAACCGGAAAGACAUUACUUGCCAAGGCCAUUGCCGGUGAGGCAGGUGUCCCCUUCUUCUCAAUUUCAGGGUCUGAAUUCGUAGAGAUGUUUGUUGGAGUAGGAGCUUCAAGGGUUCGUGACCUCUUCAAGAAAGCUAAAGAGAAUGCUCCUUGUAUCGUAUUUGUUGAUGAAAUUGAUGCCGUCGGCAGGCAGAGGGGAACUGGCAUUGGAGGGGGAAAUGAUGAAAGAGAGCAGACUCUCAAUCAACUUCUGACAGAGAUGGAUGGUUUUGAAGGCAACACUGGCAUCAUCGUAAUUGCUGCUACAAACAGGGCAGACAUUCUAGAUUCGGCCUUACUGAGGCCUGGGAGAUUCGAUAGACAGGUCAUUUUCCAUCUAUUAUCUCAUUGGCCCAGAGACAUUAUUAUGUCUUUUCCCCAAGGUUAUAAUGUCUGCGAAUGCCGUGCAGGUAACCGUUGAUGUCCCUGAUGUCCGUGGACGAACAGAAAUAUUGAAAGUGCACGCCACCAACAAAAAGUUUGAUGGCGAUAUUUCUCUUGAGGUCAUAGCCAUGAGAACCCCUGGGUUCAGUGGUGCAGACCUCGCGAAUCUCUUAAAUGAGGCAGCUAUAUUGGCAGGUCGGCGUGGGAAGACUGCGAUUUCAUCGAAGGAAGUUGAUGAUUCCAUUGACAGGAUUGUAGCUGGAAUGGAAGGAACAGUUAUGACCGAUGGGAGAAGCAAGAGCCUCGUGGCAUACCAUGAAGUUGGCCAUGCAAUCUGUGGGUAUGGUAUCUUCCAUCCAACUCCAUUAUCCUUCAUAUUAAACGAAGUUUUGCUUCCAGCAACCUCGUCAAAGGAAAUUGCAUCCUUCCCACCGGAUUAUUUAUUUUCGGAUGAUACCCAUGUGCGAAAUAGUAUUCCAUUCAUGGUAUGGUACUUCUUUGCUCAAAAUACUGUGUUACAUGAUCAUAUAAAUGAUCUCAUCCUCCUGAUAAUUAAGGCAUACAAUGCUCAUCAUCCUGGUUUUUAAAUGGUGGUUCACAUUUGAGUAGUGUCUCAUUCCCUCAACGCAUAAACAUGGCCAAUAUUUUGUCAUAUUAUCAUCGACUGGUAUCUUCUUUUUCACAUACUGUAAACACGGGUAUUACUUAAUACGAGUUGUUUGCAGACUGCUUGUGUCCAGACUUAGAUUAUGAGGACAGAUUUGUGUUGUUUGGCUCAUUUCAGCCUGAGCAACUUACCGAUCACAGCAGAAUAUGAAAAUGAAGAUAGUUAUUUCCUGUUUGUGGCAGCACCUUGACCCCAGGACAUGAUGCUGUCCAGAAGGUCACCCUUGUCCCACGUGGCCAGGCGCGAGGGCUGACUUGGUUCAUCCCUGCCGAUGAUCCGACCCUAAUCUCGAAGCAACAACUAUUUGCGAGAAUCGUCGGCGGCCUUGGCGGUAGGGCUGCUGAGGAGAUCAUCUUUGGGGAAGCCGAAGUGACCACUGGUGCAGCUGGUGACUUACAACAGAUAACUGGCUUAGCGAAGCAGGUAAUUUCAUUCAAGUUCAUAAUUGAGUCCCUUUCUUCUUGCAACAUCUCUGUCCCAUGAUCAUCGGCAUGGUGCUUCUCUCUCUCUCUCUCUCUCUAUCUCGCUCUCUUUCUCCAGUAGGAAGAUACAAAGGGCCUGGCCGGCCCUGGGUUUCAUCUGGGUCUGGACAGGAACUUCUCUUCUCAGCUGUUUUCCGGGUCUUCAAUCGAACUGUUUCUUCUUAUUAUGAUUCAGAAGAUUAGCUCGAAUAUAAAUUCAAAUAAAUAGCUGCUAGAAGAUUAGUUUUUCUUCAAAUGCCUCUGAAAUUCUCCGUGAGAUUCUCUCUCUUCUUUUCUUGACCUGUUGAUGAAGCCUCUUUCUCCUGCCGGCUCCAGAUGGUGACCACAUUCGGAAUGUCGGAGAUCGGCCCAUGGUCCCUGAUGGAUGCUUCAGCUCAGAGUGCCGACGUCAUCAUGAGGAUGAUGGCCCGGAAUUCCAUGUCGGAGAAAUUGGCCGAGGACAUCGACACCGCCGUGAAGCGGAUCUCAGACAGCGCGUACGAGAUCGCGCUGAGCCACAUCAGAAACAACCGCGAAGCCAUCGAUAAGAUCGUGGAGGUCCUCAUCGAGAAGGAGACCCUGACCGGCGACGAGUUCCGAGCGAUCCUCUCGGAGUUUGUGGAGAUCCCCGCCGAGAACCGGGUCCCUCCGGCGAAAUCAGCCGUUCCUGCGUAA